AUGGAUUCGGAUGGAGAAGGCGAGCCAAACGGUUCAAGACAGCAAGACUCGACCGCGAAUGACUUGGACGAGAAAUAUCCCAAUCCUCCUCGCAACCACUCACCUACCUUGCCAUUUCAUGAUUUAUUCCUGACCCUGUUUAACCCUCUCAAUGAGAACAAAAAACGUCCAACCGGCCCAGCGGCUGCCCGAAGAAAGGUGGGUCCUCAUGGACAGGGCGCUGCUGUCCACCUGAGCCCACAAGAGCGGCGAAGGGACAUAAUUCAGAGGUUCAUUUCGCGAUGGCGGAAAGAAGUGGGCGACGACAUAUUUCCUGCAUUUCGGUUGAUAAUUCCUGAAAAAGACCGAGAUCGUGCCAUGUAUGGAUUGAAGGAGAAAGCCAUCGGAAAAUUGCUUGUGAAAGUUAUGAAAAUUGAUAAAAACUCGGAGGAUGGAUUUAGCUUGUUGAACUGGAAGGUGCCAGGCCAGAGCUUUGCGAGUAGAAUGGCUGGCGAUUUUGCUGGUCGCUGUUUCGAAGUCAUAUCAAAGAGGCCUUUGAGGACCGAGGUAGGUGAUAUGACAAUCGAUGAAGUCAAUGAGCAGCUAGAUAAAUUGUCCGCAGCCUCGAAGGAGGAUGAGCAGGUGCCUAUUCUCGCGUAUUUUUACCGAAGGAUGAACCCUGAGGAGCUGAUGUGGCUUAUACGGAUUAUUCUACGGCAAAUGAAAGUCGGUGCCACAGAACGGACAUUUUUCAGCAUCUGGCAUCCGGAUGCAGAGGCAUUGUUUAGUAUCUCUAGCAGCCUUCGGCGAGUUUGUUGGCAACUUUAUAAUACUGAUGUUCGUUUGGAAGGGGAUGAAACAAAAGUCACUCUUAUGCAGUGUUUUCAACCCCAGCUCGCUCAGUUUCAAAUGCAAUCUUUUGAACAUAUGAUCAGAAGGAUGAGGUUGACUGAGGACGACCCAACCUUUUGGAUUGAGGAAAAGCUUGACGGGGAACGCAUACAGCUUCAUAUGAAGCCGGACGAUUCAAUACCUGGAGGCAAGAGGUUUGGCUUCUGGUCUCGAAAGGCCAAGGAAUAUACGUAUCUGUACGGCAAUGGGUUGUUGGAUGAAAAUGGGGCACUCACAAGGCAUCUUCAAGACGCUUUUGCAGAUGGUGUUCAGAGCAUCAUUCUAGACGGAGAGAUGAUCACAUGGGACCCAGAGCACGACGCGAUUGUCCCUUUCGGGACUCUUAAGACUGCCGCAUUGGCUGAGCAAAGAAACCCAUUCUCGACAGGACAGCGGCCUCUAUUCCGUAUAUUUGAUAUCCUUUACCUGAACGGCCGACCGCUCACAAGAUACACCCUGAAGGACCGCAGAAAAGCACUUGAAGCAAGUGUGAUUCCUGUACAUCGCCGUUUUGAAAUCCACACAUAUGAUAUUGGCCACAGUGCCACUGAUAUCGACCCCUUACUCCGGAAGGUAGUCGCGGAGGCAUCUGAAGGUCUUGUUCUUAAAAAUCCCAACUCUCCUUAUCGACUAAACGAACGUCACGACGACUGGAUGAAGGUUAAGCCCGAGUACAUGACUGAUUUCGGUGAAUCUCUUGAUUGCAUAGUAAUCGGCGGAUAUUACGGUUCUGGCCGUCGAGGUGGCGCCCUAUCAAGUUUCCUAUGUGGACUAAGGGUCGAUGGCUCGCACUCCAAAACGGGUGAUCACCCUACAAAAUGCUAUUCAUUUUGCAAAGUGGGAGGAGGUUUUACUGCUGCCGAUUAUGCCAAUAUUCGCCAUCAUACCGAUGGGAAGUGGAUGGAUUGGGAUCCAAAACGACCACCCACUGAAUACAUCGAGCUUGCUGGAGGUGACCUACAGUAUGAACGCCCUGACGUAUGGAUAAAGCCCGAGGAUUCGGUUGUUCUAUGUGUAAAGGCCUCAUCCGUUACCUCAACUGACCAGUUUCGCCUUGGCCUUACUGUGCGAUUCCCGCGCUUUAAACGACUUCGUAUGGAUAAGGACUGGCGAAGUGCCUUGUCGAUCCAGGAGUUUAUGGACCUUAAGUCAAAUGUCGAAAGGGAAGUGAAAGAAAAGGAAUUCAAGGUUGACGACUCUCGCAAAGUGCGGCACAGGAAGGCUAUCAAAAAGCCGCUGACGAUUGCCGGUUAUGACGGAGGCAAGAAGCUUGAAUAUGUUGGUCCUUCUGGGACAUUGUUUGAUGGACUCAAUUUUUUUAUCAUGACCGAAUCAGUUCAUCAGCCGAAGAAAACCAAGGCUCAACUGGAACAACUCGUGAAAGCCAAUGGCGGUAAGAUAUAUCAGACGAAUAAUGUUGCUGAAAACACAAUUUGCAUCGCCGAUCGCACAGAUCAGGAGGAAGAAAUUGCAGAACACGUAGAUAAAUAUUCCGAUAGCUAUGCCCGAGAUAUCGAUGCCUCGGAACUCAAAAAGCUCCUCGACAGCAUGCACCCAGCCCCCGCGCUGCCACCUUCCAGUCUCUCCGAGCUAGAAUCCCAACUUGAAUCCCACAGCCUGAACGAACGAAAACCAGCAACCCCAACAAUAUCCAACACCUCAACAUGCCCCGGCUGGCUUUUCAAAGGACUAGUCAUAUACUUUGCCAUGCCCCCGUCCCUGUCGAACGAGGGAAACGGCAAAAUACCACACGUUCUGCCACAACGUCUCUACCUCGCUUCCAACCUGGUAAAGUUCGCCGGCGGCGAAGUCAUCACGGACGACGAUGGCGACAUGAAGGAUGCGCGCAUCACGCAUGUUGUCGUUGACAGUAAUCCGCCCGGUGACAAGGCAGCUAUGGCAGCGGCGGACGUUGCUGGCAUCAGGAGGGCAAUUUCAUCCCGUGCUGGGGUUGGUAAAAGGAUUCCGCAUAUUGUUGGGGUUGAGUGGGUGGAGGAGAGUUGGGGGGAGCGGACGUUGGUUGAUGAGGAAAGAUUUACACCAAAGUGA